AUGGCUAGUGUUGUUAGAGCCUUACUCGAUUGGCUUCGAAGCCUGUUUUUCAAGACCGAGCUUGAGCUUACGUUGGUUGGACUGCAGAAUAGUGGGAAGACAACCUUGGUUAAUGUUAUCGCAUCGGGUCAAUUUACUGAAGACAUGAUCCCUACAGUGGGAUUCAAUAUGCGUAAAGUCACAAAAGGCAAUGUGACAAUGAAACUAUGGGAUAUUGGCGGGCAACCACGAUUCAGAAAUAUGUGGGAAAGAUACUGUCGUGGUGUGAAUGCUAUUGUAUUUGUUCUUGAUUCAGCCGAUCUGGAGAAAUUAGAAGCUGCAAAGAAUGAACUCAAGAGUUUGUUAGAUAAGCCCCAAUUAUCUAAUAUUCCAGUAUUAGUACUAGGAAAUAAGAACGAUUUACCCGAGGCGCUGUCUGUCGAAGAGAUUAUCGAACAGAUGAAUCUGAAAUCAAUCAACAACAGAGAGGUUUCUUGCUAUUCUAUUUCAGCCAAGAACCAGGUGAACAUUGACAUAACUCUUCAAUGGCUGAUUAAGAAGGGAAAGGGAUCUAAGUAA